ACAAGAAGAAUGAUACCCAGAUCUUUGCACUGGCAAUACUACUGAGCAGUAUCUUUGUAUACAAUACUAUGAACAAAAUUGACCAGAGAGCUAUUGACCUAUUGCACUAUGUGACAGAACUGUCAAAUCGGCUCAGGAAAGUAGCCUCACCUGAUUUUGAAGGGGUUGAAGAUGCAACUAACCUUGAGAGCUUCUGUCCAGACUUCGUGUGGAUUCUGAGAGAUUUCUACCUAACCCUGGAAGUAGAUGAGCAAGUCAUCACAGCAGAUGAAUACCUGGAGAAUUCCCUGAGGCUAAAGCAAGGCACUAAUCAAAGUGUUCAAAAUUUCAAUUUGCCCCGUCUAUGUAUAAAAGAAUUCUUUCCAAUAAGGAAAUGCUUUAUCUUUGACUCUCCCACUCACCGGAAGAAGCUUGCCAAGCUUGAGUCACUGCCUAACGAAGAUCUGGAUCCUGAAUUUGUGGAACAAGUGGCAACAUUCUGUUCCUACAUCUUUAACCAUUCCAAGACUAAAGCUCUUCCAGGGGGUAUCAAGGUCAAUGGGCCCCGUCUAAAAAGCCUAGUGCUGACCUACAUUAAUGCCAUCAGUCGUGGGGAUCUGCCCUGCAUGGAGAACUCAGUCUUGGCCUUGGCCCAGAUCAAGAACUCAGCAGCAGUAAAAAAAGCCAUUGCCCACUAUGACCAGCAGAUGGGCCAGAAGGUGCAGCUGCCCAUAGAAACCCUCCAGGAGUUGCUGGACCUGCACAGGGAAAGUGAAAGAGAGGCCAUAGAACUCUUCAUGAAGAACUCAUUCAAGGAUAUGGACCAAAAGUUUCAGAAGGAAUUAGAAACUCUGCUAGAAGCAAGAAAGGAUGACUUAUAUGAACAGAACAUGGAGGCAUCAUCAUACCGUUGCUCAGCUUUACUUCAGGCUAUUUUUGGUCCUCUAGAAAAUGAUGUGAUGCAGGGGAUUUAUUCAAAACCAGGAGGACAUCAUCUCCUCAUUCAGAAGACAGAAUUGCUGAAAGCAAGAUACUAUUGGGAGCCCAGGAAAGGAAUGCAGGCUGAGAAGGCUCUGCAGGAAUAUUUACACUCCAGACAGUCUACAAGCGAUGCCAUCCUACAGAUAGACCUGGCUCUAACAAAGAGGCAAAAGGAGAUAGAAGAGGCACAUAUGAAAGCAAUGGCUGCGAAAAUUGAAGCACAAAGGUUGGAGGUGAUUCAGAGGUAUAACCUGCAAAUGAUGGAGCAAAGGGAGCGGCUCCAUCAAGAACAAGUGAGACAGAUGCAAAUGUUCAGAAAGUACCAGGUGCAACAACAGCAGAGGGCCCUAGAACGUCGAUUCCAGGAAGAGGCCAAAAAUCUCAAUAAGAAAAUCGAAGCUGAACACAGAAGCCUUCAAAACGAAAUCCAGGAUCUCCAGAGGAAUGCGGCCUCACAGGAUGAUCAGGAUGAUAAAUGCAUCUUACUCUAAAGAGUUAAACAUCAGAACUAACUUUUCUUGUUCUCUUUCACUAAAGACACAAAAGAAUGAGAAACUAUAGAACCUGGGACAAUCAUCGCUUAAACAAACUUCAUAAUUAUUGUAUCAAACUUCUGUACAAUUAUAAAGAUAUAAGGCUUCUAAUUAGUAAAAUGUACAUUUCAAUAACUCCAUAGUUUAAAUGAUGAUCACUUCCUUAAAGAGACUGUGAAAUUGUGUAAUAAGGGAAUUUUAUCACUCUCUUUGGGGUGAUACUGGAUUGGUUCCAUCAGGGGAAACUGUCUUGUAACCCAAAUCCAUCCCUCCAAUUUUCCAUUUUUGGACUGAGGGGAUUGGAAGUGGCCUAAGGGGUGUUAUCCACAAUGGACCAAGUCAAGUACAAUUUGGCCAAAGUCAUGGGCUCUGAUGGGCGUCACUCCUGCCAAGUGGUCUUGUGCUGGAUGCCAUCAGAGGGAGGCACCAAUACUAAGGACGACUAAUCUCGCUUCUUAGUGGAAACAAUGCAUGGUUCUCAUGUGAAUGGACAUUGCUCAAUCUAUGUGCAAUGAUAUGACUUCUGGGUACGGUUAGUAUAGUAAAUAAUCUGCUUAAUUCUAAGCUGUAAACAAAACAAAAGAAAACAACUUAAAAAAAAUGGUAAUGAAAUAGAGGUACUCCAGAAAAUGGAAAGAACUACCAGCAUAGAAAUUGUGUCAUAGGCUGAGGGCUAAAUAAGACUUUUCCUUGUUCAUCCUCACAAAGGGCAUAACUUAAAUAGGAUAUUUUAUAUCAUGAAGCAAUUUAUAUUGGACUUAAUAACUGUGUGUCACAUGUUUAUAAUCUUCAGAGCCUGUAAAUAGAUGGUAUAAGAAAGGCUAAAUAAGGUGCAUGGGGAUCAUUUCCUUUUUACACUUACUUUAGUGCUUAAGUUAAAUGAUCUUAAUUCUUUGCAAUCAUAUAUAAAAGUGUACUGAUUUUUUUCUAAAAUUAUGGACUGUUUAAAUAUAUUGGUACAUAUUUUUAGUUAUAAAUAACAAUUAAAUUUUUCAAAAA